GGAAAGUGCUACAUGGAUGUGCAUCUGCAGCCAACAGUGAAGCACGGUGGAGAUUCAUUGCAGCAGGGCAAGGAACAUGAAUGCACGGCAAAGGUAAUGAAGGACUAUCUUCAGUGAAAAGAAGAACAAGAACUUCUGCAACAGAUGUUAUGCCCUCCACAGAACCACAAAUAACCAGGCUGUCUUUAUUUUGUGAGUAUGACCGAGGAACAAAUGUUGGCAAAGACCAAAAAUGAAAAGUGCCAUGGUAUUUUUUGGUUAUUUUUGAAGUGGCAGAUGUAUCGUCUUUAUUGAAGGUGAUGGCUGAUGCUUUUUAAAAUUGCAUUUUAAAAGAUAUAUUGAGUAAACUAUUGAGACUUUCAAAAAAAGGUUUUGGGGUACUUGCCCUUGAACAGGAUCCCACUAAGAAACACCAGGCCUCCCACAACGUUACCAACCUUACUGACUCUGGAGAUCUCCCAUCCACCGCCACCAACCUCAAAAUUAUUGCACACUGCACCUCCUGUUUCUACCUUCGACCCAAAAUUCACAAACUUGCUUGUCUAAGUUGACCCAUUAUUUCAGCUUGUUCCUGCCCCACUAAACUCAUAUCUGCAUACCUCAACUCUGUUUAUCACCCCCCACUCCCUGGUUCUGUCCAUUCGUCCUUGUAUCCGUGACACCUCACAUGCUCUUGGUCUUUUCAAGGAUUUCAGGUUCCCUGGCUCCCAUCAUAUUUUUACUAUGGAUGUCCAGUUCCUAUAUACCUCCAUCCCCCAUCAGGAAGGCCACAAAGCUCUGCAUUUCUUUCUGGGCACCCGAUCUAACCAGUUUCCCUCCACCACCACUCUCCUCCAUCCAGUGGAGCUGGGCCUUACUCUCAGUAAUUUCUCCUUUGGCUCCUCCCACUUCCUUCAAACAAAAGGGGGUAGCCAUGGGCACUUGCAUGGGUCUCAGCUAUGUCUGCCUGUUUGUUGGCUAUGUAGAACAGUCCAUGUUCCAAGCCUACACUGGUGACUGCCCCACUCUUUUCCUACGCUACACUGGCAUCUACAUUGGUGCUGCUUCCUGCACACGUGCUGAACUCAUCAAUUUCAUCCAUUUUGCUUCCAUCUUCCACCCGGCCCUCAAAUUUACCUGGUCCAUUUCUGACACUUCCUUAAUUGUCUCCAUCUCCAGAGACAGUUUAUCCGUCAAUGUCUAUUAUAAGCCAAUGGACUUCCACAGCUACCUAGACUAUACCUCGUCCCACACUGCUACUAGGAAACAAAAAAAUGGCAUCCCCUUCUCUCAAUUCCUCUGUCUCCACCACAUCUGCUCUCAGGAUGAGGCUUUUCAUUCUAGAAUGAAGGAGAUGCCCUUUUUCAAAGAAAGGGGCUUCCCUCCUUCCACCAUCAACGCUGCCCUCAACAGUCUCUCUUCCAUUUCCUGUACAUCUGCUCUUACCCCAUCCUCCUGCCACCCUGCUAGGGAUAGGGUUCAUCUUGUCCUCACCUACCACCCCACUAGCCUCCAUGUCCAGCACCUGAUUCUCCGAAACUUCCGCCACCUCCAACUGGAUCCCACCGUCAAACACAUCUUUCCCUCCCCCUCCCCACUUACUGCUUUCUUCGAAAGCGAUUCCCUUGUUCAUUCAUCCCUCCCCACUGUUCUCUCUCCUGGUGCUUACCCUUGCAAGCAGAACAAGUGCUACACCUGCCCCAACACCACCUCCCUCACUACGAUUCAGGGCUCCAAAUAGACCUUCCAUGUGAGGCGGCGCUUCACCUCUGAGCCUGUUGGGGUCAUUCACUGUGUUUGGUGCUUCCGGUAUGGCCUCCUGUAUAUUGGUGAGACUCGACGUAGAUUGGAAGACUAUUUCACUGAGCAUCUAUGCUUCGUCUGUCUGAACAAGUGGGAUCUCCCAGUAGCCACCCAUUUUAAUUCUACCUCCCAUUCUGAUAUGUUCAUCCAUGGCCGCCUCCAUUGUCGUGAUAAGGCCACACUUAGGUUGGAGGAACAAUGCCUUGUAUUCCAUUUGGGUAGCCUCCCAGGUGAUGGCAUGAACAUCGAUUUCUCAAACUUCCAGUAAUACCUCAAACCCCUCCCCCUCACCAUUCACCAUCCCUUUUUCCCCCUUUCAUGUUAUCUCCUUGCCCACCCAUUGCCUCUCUCUGGUGCUCCUUCCCUCCCCUUUUUUUUCUUGCUCCCAUUGCCUUUUGUCUCUUUCACCAAUUUAAGUUCCUCUCCUCCCGCUACAUCCCCCCCC